AUAAGGGACAAGGUUCCCAUUGCAUCUUUCGUUAUUCGAAUCAUUGACUCUGCCAAAGAUCGCAAGAUCUUGGCUAAAUUAGAGGCAAAAGAUAAGUUGCUUAAACAAGGAGAAAGAUUUGAGUGCAAAGUUGGGUUACUUCCAGGGAGAUUCAUUAUUGACCUUGAGUUCCUCGAUUUGAAAGCUUCAUCUCCAAAUGGAACAGAUGUUUGUUCCAUUUGGCCUACCAAAAUCAUGAAUCAGAAACCAAAUUCUGCAGUUCUUGAAUCUGUUGGUCGAAUGCUGAUAGAAAAAAUCCAUACUGACAUAACAAUAAAUGCUUCAGAUGGAAGCAUUGGAGCUCACCGCGCAGUUCUUGCUGCUCGAUCACCUGUUUUUCAUAGCAUGUUCAAACACAAUCUAAAAGAGAAUGAUGAUUCCACCAUAAACAUCUCAGACAUGUCAAUAGGAUCUUGUCAAGCAUUCAUAAACUAUCUUUAUGGUGUCAUUGAAGAUGAAGAAUUUUUCAAGCAUAGAUUGGAGCUUCUUCAUGCGGCAAACAAAUAUGACAUUUGUGAUUUAAGAGAUGUAUGCAGUGAGAGCCUUGCAGAGGAUAUUGAUUCAAGCAAUGUUCUUGAGAGGCUUCAGGAUUCAUAUCUGUAUCAAUUGCCAAAGCUGAAGCUUCAUUGCAUGCAAUAUCUUGUCAAGUUUGGAAGGAUAUUUGAUAUUGAAGAUGAUUUCAAUGCAUUCUUGCAAACUGUAGAUAAGGAUUUGGUUAUUCAACUCCUUGGUGAAGCUCUUAGUGUCUUGAAAGGCUCUUAA